AUGCAAAAUGGCUUUCGAGUAGCUGUGGCCGACUCUGAUGAGCUGCUACUCGCUGCGUAUGAGCUGCGAAUCAACGUGUUCCAAGAUGAGCAAGGCUACGAACGUGAUAUUGAUUCGCUCGACCGUACGGCGGUGCCGAUGGUCUUGAUCCGUGCAUGUGAUGAAAAAGUUGUUGGCGUGCUGCGUAUUCUGUCGUGGCCCGUGCCAACGAGUCAUGCGACGUACGACACCGCAGAGAGUCUGACAUCGGUCGACAUUCCUGGGCGUGGACGCUCCCAUGCAGACAUGCAAGCGGCGUUUAUGCAGCACCAGACGACGUCAGUGCAGGAUGAUACGUGCUGGUAUUCGGGAGCCAAGCUUGGGCGUAUCGCCGUAAGCAAGGACUCACGCGGACAAGGAUGUGGUCGUUUGCUUGUGGAAGGCGCUCAGGCUUGGGUGGUUCAAGCUGUCCGGCAGCAUGCCUCUGUCCCGGCGGAGGUGCAUCGGCUGGGUAUCGUUUUCCAGCUGAGCUCGCAGAUCGAAGUGCAGCCGUUCUACGAGUCUUUGGGCUUCCAAGUACAGGGAGAUUCGUACAUGGAAGAAGGACACCCGCACAUUUGGUGCAAGAAGAGUGUGCUGACCGACGUGUAG